UCCGAACUCUGCACAAAAUAAUUUCUCCGCCAACGGGUCUGGUGCGAAAGUGAGACAGAGACCGUUUCGCUGAUGCUGCUGCAUAGAGAAAGAUAGAGAGAGAGAGAGGGAAGUAGCGCUUUAGGACGCGGCGAUGGGACGGUUAUCGACGCUCGGGAAGCGGGUCGGGGAUAUGAGUUUCGUCGCCGGCGGUGGCGUCAUCAACUGGUUUCCGGGCCACAUGGCCGCCGGCGCUCGGGCUAUUCGUGAUCGCCUCAAGCUUACCGAUCUCGUCAUCGAAGUUCGUGAUGCCCGCAUUCCUCUAUCAUCUGCUAAUGAGGAUCUUCAGCAUCUCCUUGUCAGGAAGAGAAGAAUUGUUGCUCUAAAUAAGAAAGAUUUGGCAAAUCCCAACGUAAUGCAUCAUUGGAUCGGGCGUUUUGAGUUAUUCAAGCAGGAUUGCAUUUCCAUCAAUGCGCAUAGUAAAAGUUCUGUCAACCAGCUGCUUUCUCUGGUGGAGCUCAAACUAAGAGAAGUUAUCUCCCGAGAACCUACACUUCUAGUUAUGGUUGUUGGAGUUCCCAAUGUUGGAAAAUCUGCUCUUAUCAAUUCCAUCAGUCAGAUUGCAUCUACUCGUUUCCCUGCACAGGAGAAGAGCAAGCGUGCUACUGUUGGCCCUUUUCCGGGUGUCACUCAGGAUAUUGCGGGUUUUAAGAUUGCCAAUCAGCCUAGCAUUUAUGUUCUGGACACCCCAGGCGUGCUGGCGCCUAGCAUUCCAGACAUUGAGACAGGCUUAAAGCUUGCUCUGACAGGGGCUGUGAAAGAUUCUGUUGCAGGUGAAGUCCGUCUUGCUCAUUACUUGUUGGCUGUUCUAAACUUACGCAGAACUCCACUGCAUUGGGAUCGCCUUUUAAAAGAACGUGCAAUUGAAUCUGCAAAUGAAACUGUUAGAACAGUUGAAAAUGUUCUGAAAGACUCUAUUCCGAACCGGAGGAAUCGCAAGAAUGCAUAUGAAGCCGUGUAUAUCGAGGAUCUUGUUAAGUCAGUCCAAAAAACUUUAUAUAUUACAUUAUCAGAGUUUGAGGGCAACUUGGAAGAGGAGAACGAACUAGAAAGUCUCAUUCACAAGCAGCUUAUAGCACUCCAAAAAACCUUCAGGAUUCCUCACUUCGAUUCUGAUGAGGCUUUCAUAAAGGUCUCCAAGAAGCUGUUGAUAUUAUUCAGGGCAGGGAAACUUGGAACCUUCAUUCUGGAUGAUCUUUCAGAUGCCUCGAAGCCUUUUUCCUGACACUGUUAAGAUUCUAAUCAGUAUAUCAAUGCGAUGUAAAUUUUGUAAAUCGCAAUUAAUUAGUUUUAGCAUCAGCCAGGAAGAAUCAUAGAUUCAUCUUGCCAAAUAAACCUUGAUAAUAUCUAUGAAUCGCGGAUUUAGUCUUGGACGAAAUAAUUUUGUUUUUGCAGCUUUAGGGCUGAUUUCGUUGACCAGAAUUGUCACGUUUGGUUAGUUU